AUGGAAAUAUAUUCAUCACCUGUUCCUGCAAUCAAGAAUGGCAAGAGCUUAGAUGAAAUUCGUAAAUCCGUGAAAUUUCAUCCAUGCAUUUGGGGAGACUUCUUUCUCAAAUAUGAUCCAGAUAACACGAAAAAUAGUGAUGCUCAAGAAGAAGAACACAUAAAGCAGAAAGAAAUGGUGAGAAAUAUGUUCUCUCAAACUCCAGAAGAUUCGACGUAUAAAUUGGAACUCAUCGAUUUGAUUCAGCGCUUGGGAGUGGAAUACCAUUUCAAAAAUGAAAUUGAAGAAUCCUUGAAAUAUAUUCAUGACAAUUACAUGCAUCAAAAUAGCAAAGACAACGAAGAUCUCAGCACUGUGGCUCUUCGCUUUCGCUUGCUUAGACAACAAGGUUACAACGUCCCAUGCGAUGUUUUCCACAAAUUCACAGACAUGAAAGGAAAUUAUGUGGCGUCGUUGCAAAACAACGUUGAAGGAUUGCUGAACUUGUACGAGGCAGCGCAUCUUCUGAAGCACGACGAGGAAAUUCUGGACAGAGCAGUAGAUUUUUGUUCGUCUCAUCUCAAUGCUUCACUAAUCGCCGAUGUUUCACUAUCUAAACGCGUUGCAAAUAGGUGGUGGAAGAAAUUGGACGUAGCGAAUAAAAUGCCGCAUGUAAGAGAUAGAAUUGCGGAACUGUACAUGUGGGUUCUAGGAGUCUUCUUUGAGCCAUGCUAUGCUAAAGCCAGAAGAAUAUUACUGAAAUGCAUUUCUAUGGCUUCCAUUUCCGAUGACACAUACGAGUAUGCAACACUAGAUGAACUACACAUUCUAACCGGCGCUAUUCAACGUUGGGAUGUUAAUGAGACCUUGGAGGAUUCACCACCAUACAUCCAAAUACUAUACAGAAGCCUUAUCAAAACAUACACUGAAAUCGAAGAUGAAAUGGCGAAAACGGGAGAUUCGUACCGCGUCCAAUAUGCAAUACAAGAAAUGAAGAAGUUAUUGGUGUCAUAUUUUGACGAGGUGAAAUGGUUGUAUAAUGAUAAUUAUAUUCCAACCCUCGAAGAGUAUUUGACAGUGUCUGCUGUAUCUGGUGGUUACAUGAUGUUGUCAACAACUUCUUUGGUUGGAAUGGGAGGUGAUGAAGUUAUUAAAAGUGAUUUCGAUUGGAUUGUAAACGAGCCUCUAUUAGAUCGAGCAUCAGCAUUGUUAGGUCGACUGUUGGAUGACUUAGUUGGAGAUGAGUAUGAGGAGAAACCCUCGGCGAUACAUUGUUACAUGAAACAGUGUGGCUUGUCGGAGGAUGAUGCCCGUGCUCAAGUUAAACAACAAGUGAAGAAUGCAUGGAAAGAUAUGAAUCAAGAGUGCCUUGAGCCGACACCCGCAUCCAUGCCAAUCCUCACGCGCGUUAUCAAUUUGGCUCGAGCCGCCCAACUCAUCUAUUCGAACGGGGAUUGUUAUACCGAUCCCAACAAAUCGAAAGAAUGGGUGAAGAUGCUACUUAUUGAGGCCGUGCCAAUUUGA